AUGUUUUCUCUCCAGCAGACUGCUUGCCGAACCAAACCACCCAGGAUGGAAGACACAAACUCGUUCUCGCUCAUCGACCAGCUUCGACCGUGUCUCAACACCUGCUUCCCCUGCCUCGCCCAAUCCUCAAGCCCACCAUCAGCAUCAGCAAACAGUUAUUUCCCAGACUCAGACCACCGCGGUCUGUUAGAGGAACAAGAAGCGUUGAACGGACAGAUUGAUCACGCAGGCUCAGAGGAACCAGUCUCGGCUUACUACUUUCAGUCCAACUCACAACUCUCUCGCUGGGAGCUCCUGAUCAGUUGGUUAUCCAGCAAAACCCUUGAUCGACUAUCAUCAAAGCCACUUCACCCUUUCGAUAAUGAUAUUGAAACCUCAGCUUUAGCCCAUGGGGACCAAGCCGAUGCGCUUCUUCUAGACGACAUCUCUAUCGCACUCAAGGCGCGCUCCUUGCAUCGACAAUCUUCUUCCAAGUCUAAAUCAAACGCGCGUACGGUCCAUCAGCCUCAACCAGUACCCUCUCCAUCAGUCACUGCUACCCAUACUAAAAAAAAAUCACGCAAUUCAGAACAUGCCCAUGGUCCAACCCAUCAACAAUUUCGGCCGAAUGGCUCUCAGGCCUCAGCUCCCGUUAACAAAAAGAUUGACUCACGCGGCUCACUCGACGAUCCCAAGCAGAAACGACUCAAAGAUCUAAACCCAUCUACCCCCUCGCUCCAAAAGCGAAGUAAAUCUCGUAGUAAGUCCAGCAAACAAUCGUCAAGCGCAUACACCGAUGACACGGCCGACAGCGAACCGAGCAGUGUGCCGAGUCUGAUCACCAGUCGAACGACGACAACCACAGUUACAAGCUCAAGUAAUCCUGCCUCGGAUCCGCUCGAGUUGAAUGUUGAGAUCAUCAAGUUCAUCCACCAGAACUAUAACCAAGAGUGUCGCAGACUCUACGGUCGUGAUCUCAGCCGGGUCCAGAUCCAACAACUGUGCGAAUAUCUGAUCUCCAGAGGAUUCGACGAUGCCGGCGCUGCGCCGCUUCUGCCAUCGAGCGCUGUCACUGGAGUCACAGGGGCUGAGCCGCAUGCUAAGACGCAGGACCAGACCGAUGGCUCCCCCGGUGAAGUCCAAGCUCAGCUUUCUACCCCGGGCUCUACAGCCACACGACCCCCGGUGGAGAUUGAGAGCCUCAAGCGGAUCCAGCUCUCGUCGACCGAAUUCUUACAGGCCAUUAAACAGACCAAGACCAGUCAACAACAACAGAAUCACGCGUCCGACACCGCGAACGCAAGACCUUCAUCGCCAAUCGAUGAUCCUUUCGAUGGCGAAUCGGACGAUGAUCUUUUCCCUUCGUCGUCAUUCCUUGAUUGGUUCAGUAAAGGCUCCCAGCUUCUCUCUUCAGAUAUCUUCGAUAACCUGUCCGUUAACCAGUCUGCUACUUGA